AUGUCUGACCCGCAUCGCGCGUCAAUUUUCGCAACUCUGCCAACCGCUACAGCAUCUGACGCGACAGCCGCUACAGCCGCACCGACGGCGACGGCAGUCGGGCCCGCUCAUCGUCUGGCUGUCUGUUCCCAAGAUGGAGCCUCGUUAUUGACUUCUCCGAUAGUAAGUAGUUCGGACCAAGAACUAACAGGCUCAGCAAGCGACGUGUCGCGUGAAGCUGCGGUGACGACCCGCGAGACUUUUAGGGACACACUAGAAUCUCGCAUCUCCGAGCCUGAGGCUCGGCAAAGCGGACAAGCCAGCGAACCUUCUGCGCAGGACACCCAGGUGUCCCGAGCCUCCCGGCUCGGUAGUACAGACAGGCUCGGCGAUGCCUCGCUUGCAGAGUCCCUGUUGGAGGAAGGGCGGCUCGGCCACAGCUGCAGUUCCGACCGGCUCUUAGCUGACGACCGGCUUUUAGUUGAGUGCCGGUUUUGCCGCGAAGAAGAAUACUUAUCCCCGGAGGAUCUCGGGCUUAAAAUCAACGUCGGCGGGUCGGGGGCGGGGGCGGGGGCGGGGAUGGGGGCAAGUGGGGCCGGGGGGGGAGCGCCGCGGAGCCGCGGCGAAUUUCCUCGGGGAGAGGCGGCGGCGGCGGAGCGGGGGGAGAAGGCGCGGGGGGCGGAAGCGCGGGGGGCGGAAGCGCGGGGAGCGGAGGCGCGGCGGGAGGAGGCGCGGGGGGCGCGGAUGGUGAAGCCAUGCGCGUGCGGGGGCACGAUGGGGCGCGUUCAUCUGCGGUGCUUGCAGCAGUGGAUCGAGCGGCGGCGACUGGACGGCUGCGAUCAUGACGCGCUCACGUGCGAAGUGUGCCGCUCGCCGUAUCGCCUUCGAAUUCACGAGAGGCUAGAUCUCACAUGGGAGCGCCUGUGCUCGUACGCGUCAAUCUCCUUUUACGCCGAGUUCUGCACCAUCUGCGCCACCCUCGCCUCCAUGGUCUUCCUCUUCUUCCUCAUUGUUAUCGGCGACAGUGAUGAGGUGUGUGGAGGGGUGGGGAGGGGUGGGAAGGGGUGUAGCGGGGAGGGGUGGGAAGGGGCGGAGAGGGGUGGUAAAGGGUGGAGAGUGGUAUAG